AUGCACUCGUUCGCUGCUCUGACCUUACUUCUCGCCUUGGCAACGUCGGCCAACGGCCUCUCCCUCACGAUCCCGUCGACUGUCCCAAAGGAUGCUUCUAAGCCCGUCGAUCCAGAUUUUGCCGGCUUUGCCUUCGAGGAGGCAUCUUUGAAUGAGUAUGCGUUGGAUGAGUCCGGCAAACCCAACCAGUUCUCUCAAGACUUGAUACAUGAGAUCACCAAGCGGACCGGAGGCAAAGCACUCAUCAGGCUGGGCGGCACGAGUGCAGAUUAUGCACACUACAUCCCGACUCAAAAGACACCCGUCUUGCCAAAGGCCGAGGUGUACAACUAUCAGGACGUUGGCAACACCACAAUUGGUUCUUCGUAUUGGAAACUGACCGAGAGCUUCCCCGAGGCCAAGUGGAUAAUACAACUGCCGUUGGCGAACCCCAACCUCACUGAGUCUAUCGAAUGGGCACGGACGGCGAUAAACACCAUCGGGGAGGACAAAAUCUACGCCAUUGAGCCCGGUAACGAGCCCGAUCUUUAUGGCCGUGUGUCAAAGCCAGAACUCAAGCCACCGCACUUCCUGGGCAUACUAGACAACGAGACCUACGUCGGCAACUUCACCAGGAACGCCAACGCCGUCGCUGAGGCUGCGGACCUGCCCCCCGGACGCAUUCUCCAGGCCUUCGACACCUCCGUUCACCUCGGACGCGACGUAGGCGCCGAAGCGUGGGUCCUCGACGUGGAGAAGUGCUUCGGCCUCGGCAUCGACGCGGCCAACAACAUCCAGUCCGUGGCACAUCACUACUACCAGACCAACGGCGGCAGCGCCACAACCCUCGAGGAGGGACUCAUGGACCACGCCAAGAUCGCCAGCCACCUCGACCUCUUCCGGCCGGCGAUCAACUGGCUCGCCGAGAACAAGCCGCAGAUCGCCUACAUCAUGUCCGAGAUCGGCAACAGCCUCAACCGGAAGCACGACUACGACUACCAGGCGUCGCUCGGCUCGGCGCUGUGGCAGGUCGACUUCCAGCUGUACUCGCUCUCCAUCGGUGUGGCCAGGUUCAACUUCCAGCAGAUCAUGCACUCUGGGUUCGACCUCUGGCUUCCGGUUGCGAGUGGCGGGAUGCCUCCGCAGGUGUUCAGCAACUUUUACGCGCAGCCUCUCGUGACCGACUUUGUGGGCACGGGUGGGAAGACGCGCGUGGCGAAGCUCGCUGAUCUUGCUCCCAACGUCAUCGCUUAUGGUGCCUUUGUAGGCGACCGAGCCGAGAGGGUGACGAUUGUGAACAUGAACUAUUGGAACCGUACUUCGUCGGGUCGAGAGCGGGGAGGAAGGGACAUUGAUCUCCAGGUUCCAAGCGAUGUCAAGUCGGUGACCCUCACACGACUUACCAGUCCCGAGGGUGCGGGAGGCAAGGCGGAUUCGAUGACUUAUGCGGGCAGCCAGUGGACGUUUGAAAGCCUGGGCAAGGAGGUCAAAGGAGUUAGGAAUGAUACAAAACAGUUGGCUCCGAAGGAUAACAAGGUCACGUUCAAGGCUAUGCAGAGCGAGGUUGUGCUACUGCAUUUGAGACGCUGA